AUGGACAAGGUGCAAGACGCAGCGCAAAAAGAAUGGCGUCAGGAGUGGCUGCAGUUUCUAGGUGAUGGGUUUUCGGGCGAUGAGGCCAAGGCCAGGCCACACAAGACCCGAAAGAGAGUCAAGAGCGACAGCAGCAAUAGCGUCGGCUCGUCCAGCAAGAGAAAGAAAAAGGCGGACGCGUCGCCCAUCCUGGGGUCUCUCGACAUCGUCUCUUUGAGCCAGGAGGAGAGCGCAAUCGACAUGGCCGCCGCAGCGGGGGCAGCUUUGGCCGCGGCAAAGGCUACCUCCCGAAUCAACACCGUCAUGGAAAUAAUUCCGCUGCGUCCUUUGCAGCAUGUACAACCGACCAUGGCUUGGGACUUUGACGGCACACAAAGUACUGUCAUCAAGACAGAAGUCGACGACGCAAAUAUGGGUGAUGACGUCGUUGCAAUUCCCAGUAGCUGUAACGAAAAUGGACAGGUCAACGAAAUCAUAGACGAUGAAGUUGCGGUUCACUAUUCGGCAUUGCCACCCUUGAGACACGAGCGGAGGAGGUCGCCAACAUAUUCGAGUUUGGUGGCGUUGGAAAGUUGA